CGCAGAGAGACAUCGCGGGAAAACAGCUUGGUAGAGGAGCAGGACUGUUUGUUUUCUUUCCACGCGGGAGUCGCCAUUUCUUCAACUUUAAAAUGCCUAAAAGGUCCUGCCCUUUCACCGACUCGUUUUCGACGCAGUAUAAAAUCCACGUUGGACAGAAGGAGCUGAACCUGCACGGGGUUUUCGGAAACAAGUACAGGCAGGAAGUUUACGAAAAGACCAAGAAUCUGCUCUUCAAUGGGACCCGAGCUGUUAUGGGGCAAAUUUGGAAGGUGAAUGCAGAAGGAAAGUGCUCUGCUGUGGAUAUGUGUAAUCGGGUUGAUGUAACUCCUGCAAAUAAUCAGCUGCUACUGAAAGGACAGACUCUGAUCGGGCUGGAUGGGAAACUGACGAAAGCCAAGGCAGCUUCAGGCGGUGCGAGUGUUCCGGCUGUGUGCGCCGUGUGUCAGCGGUCAUCAGGCACGAGGACGACCUGCUCUCAAUGCGAUCGCAGCGCAUGUCCCUCCUGCACGCAGCAAUGCAGCAGCUGUUCCAACCGCUGCUGCUCUGUGUGCACCAUCACAGAUUACACUGAGCGCUAUGACAAAGUCCUCUGCUGUAGCUGCUCUUCAUGAGAUGGAUGUAAAGACGCCUGGACCGACGGCUGGAGGAAAAGCUGAAACGUUUGUUUUGUGCUUGUAAUAAACUUUAGCGCAUUCCACACUGUAAAUGCAUUUUAUAUAUAUUUUACACAUGUAAUCCUUUGUGUACAUAUGUAUUUUUUAAUUGUUGAAAUAAAUACUUAAUAAAUUUGAA